AUGAGUGACAAUUUAAAAUCAUACCAAGAUAAUCAUAUUGAAAAUGAAGAUGAAGAAAUUUAUGAAAGAUCAAAUGGAAAAGGAAAGGAAUUAGUUGAUUUUGGAAAGAAGAGAGAACCAUUAAUCCAUAACCAUGAAGUUUUAAAUACAAUGCAAUCAUCAGUAAAGACAUUAUUAAGUAGUUUAGGUGAAGAUCCAGAUAGAGAAGGUUUAUUAAAGACACCAUUAAGAAUGUCAAAGGCUUUAUUAUUUUUUACACAAGGUUAUGAGCAAUCUGUUGAUGAAGUUAUUGGUGAAGCAAUUUUUAAUGAAAAUCAUCAUGAAAUGGUUGUUGUCAGAGAUAUUGAUAUAUUUUCAUUAUGUGAACAUCAUAUGGUGCCAUUCCAUGGUAAAUGCCAUAUUGGUUAUAUUCCAGAUCAAAAAGUUUUAGGUUUAAGUAAAUUAGCAAGAGUUGCUGAAAUUUUUGCCAGAAGGUUACAAGUUCAAGAACGUUUAACCAGACAAAUAGCACAAGCAAUUCAAGCUCACUUAAAUCCAAUGGGUGUUGCCGUCGUAAUUGAAGCAUCACACAUGUGUAUGGUUAUGAGAGGUGUACAAAAACCAGGUGCAAGUACUGUCACCUCAUCUGUUUGCGGUAUUUUUGAAAAAGACUCUAGAACUCGUGCUGAAUUCUUUAGUUUAAUUAAAUCAAAUAAAUAA